AUGCUCAGGUCAUCCCCUUGACGCUCUUCGUCGCCGUUCUCUGUUUCUGUCUGGUUAUUGGCCACUUGCUUGAAGAAAAUCGAUGGGUCAAUGAAUCAAUCACCGCCAUUAUCAUCGGAUUGCUAUCCUAGGUCAAGGGUAUGUAUAAUAUGUUACAUAGCCUCAGUUUGGCAAAAAUUACAAAUGAAAUGAUAUUGGAGGAGUUACAGCACAGGAAGCUCCAAACUAGAGCGGUUGUCAAUUUUAACGGGGACGAAAUUAGUUGGGAAGGAAAUGAUGUUAGAACAGUUUGAAUAUUGGAAGAGCACAAGAAGUUCCAAGGUCAAGGAGUGGAGUUUAGAACACCAGAUGUCAUUCUCUUGUACCUCUAACUCAAAUCUUUUAGCGGAUGGGUUAUGGGAGUUGUUACUGGAACGAUCAUAUUGGUCUGCAGCAAGGGGAAAAAUUCUCAUAUCCUAACUUUUAAUGAAGAAGUUUUUUUCAUAUAUCUUCUUCCACCAAUAAUUUUCAAUGCUGGAUUUCAAGUUAAAAAGAAGCAGUUCUUCCAUAACUUCUUGACCAUUAUGCUGUUUGGGGUGAUUGGUGUUUUUAUAUCUGCAUCUAUUAUAACCGCUGGCAGCCAGUGGCUGUUUCCCAGAAUGGGCUUCCAUGGUCUGUCAGCACGGGACUAUGUUGCUAUAGGCGCUAUUUUUUCUUCCACAGACACAGUAUGCACCCUGCAGGUAUUGCACCAAGAGGAAACACCUUUACUCUACAGCCUAGUCUUUGGGGAAGGAGUAGUGAAUGAUGCAACAUCAGUUGUUCUCUUCAAUGCAGUCCAGAAGAUUGAUAUCAGUAGGCUUAACAGCAAGACAGCCCUCCAUCUUUUGGGAGAUUUUUGUUACUUAUUUUCAACUAGCACCGUCCUUGGAUUGACCACUGGGCUUCUAACAUCAUAUAUCCUGAAAACCUUAUAUUUUGGGAGACAUUCAAGUGUGCGUGAGCUUGCGAUAAUGGUUUUAAUGGCCUACCUAUCGUACAUGCUAGCAGAGUUACUGGAGUUGAGUGGAAUACUCACAGUUUUCUUUUGUGGGAUUAUCAUGUCGCACUAUGCAUGGCAUAAUGUGACUGAUAGUUCAAGAAUUACCACCAGGCAUGUAUUUGCAAUGAUGUCGUUCGUUGCUGAAACUGCAAUAUUUCUUUAUGUGGGAAUGGAUGCUCUUGACAUUGAGAAGUGGAAGAUAACUAAAUUAAGCUUGUGGAAGUUGCUUGGCACCUGCACCAUCAUAGUUCUUUUGGUAUUGGUUGGUCGUGCGGCCUUUGUAUUUCCUCUAUCUGCCAUAUCUAAUUACUUCAUUAAACGUGAAGAUAGAUCGUCAUCGCCUUCUAUGAUCUCAUUUAAACAACAGAUCAUUAUAUGGUGGGCUGGAUUGAUGAGAGGAGCUGUAUCCAUUGCUCUGGCUUUUAAACAGUUCACAUAUUCCGGGGUUACAGUGGAUCCAACCCAUGCAACAAUGAUUACCAACACCACAAUUGUUGUACUCUUCACGACAGUGGUAUUUGGAUUUCUAACGAAGCCACUCAUAAGGUGUCUACUUCCUCCCAACCAAGCAAGUAGCAGUACAAGCAACUCAAGACCAAAGUUCACUGAAGAGGAUAUAACUCUCCCUUUGCUUUCCAUGGAAGAGUCUGCUACGACUAAUGUCCUCCGUGCCAAGGAUAGUUUGUCGAUGUUAAUAGAGAGGCCUGUUUACACCAUACAUUACUUUUGGAGGAAAUUUGAUGAUUCCUACAUGAGACCUUUAUUUGGAGGGUCUCGCCACAACCAACGACCGGGCGGAUCUGGUUGUUAACACAUAACUGCAGGAAGAGCAACUUUGAAUGGUUAAGAACUCUCCCCUCUCUCGCUCUCUCUCUGUAUAUAUACAAUCUGUUUCAGUAGAAAUAUUCCAAUUCUCAUUGAUCACUAAAUACGGAGCUGGAAACUUGAUGUUCAGAACCUUGGAAUGUUGGAAGCAUAAAUGAUGUGGUCAUUUUGGUAGUGGAAAGGAGCAUAUAGUGUAAACUGUGGUGCAAUUAUUGGUUGUGGGAACUGAUUGGAUUGGAUGUGCUCUUUCUGACCACAUUGUUGCUUUAUUUAGUUGACAAAACUUGGACUCACAUGUAAAUAGCGUAUGUUUUUGUUGGGAUCAAGGAACUUGUCUUGCUAAUUGACAUAACAUUGUCUUGUUUACAUGUCAGUAGUACUGAUCAACGACCCAUUAGGUAGGCUGGCUUUCCUGUUUCCAGAUUCAGAUCAGAUGCUCUUUUGCAGGUUUUUAUAAGAAUGGCGUUUUAUUCA